CAUCCCGUUCAGUCACACAGUCACACACACACACAACGGGACAAUCGAGAAGACGGAGGUCCGCUACAGCUAACCGUUAACUCCACAUUUUACACCAAAAAAAGCGUAACCAUGGGGAAGGGAUGCAUCACAGCAACCAAGUACUUCCUGUUCCUGUUCAACCUCAUCUUCUUUAUCUGUGGAGUGUUGAUCAUGAGCUUUGGACUGUGGGUCCUUCUGGAUAACCAGAGCUUUAUCGCUGUUCUGCAGGAGUCCUCCACCACUCUGAAAGUGGCGUCCUAUAUUCUGAUCACCGUGGGUUCUCUCUCCAUGGUUAUGGGCUUCCUGGGCUGUAUAGGAGCCAUCUACGAGAUACGCUGCCUGCUGGGCCUGUACUUCACCUGCCUCCUGCUCAUCCUCAUCGCCCAGGUUACGGCUGGCGUGCUCAUCUACUUCCAGAGAGACAGACUGCAGCAGGAGAUGUCCACCAUCGUCAAGGGGAUGCUGGUCAACUACACUGGUCAGAACCGGACCACAGAACAUUCCUGGGACUAUGUACAGAGGACAAUGAAGUGUUGUGGCUGGGUGUCUCCAGGUAACUGGUUGGAGAACGUGUGGAUCAAGAACAGUUCUGUCUCGCUGUACCCCUGCUCCUGUCGGAAUGAAACCCUGCCUGGGACAGACAUGAAUGAGACUGGGCUCUGUGAACACUUGUCUGCUGACCGGCCAGUAUACCAAACGGGCUGCAUGCAUAGUGUGGAGGCCUGGCUGUUGGAGAACUGUGGAGUUAUUCUUGGAAUCUGUGUCGGGGUGGCAGUCCUAGAGCUUCUCGGUAUGAUUCUGUCCAUGUGUCUCUGUAAGAGUGUUGUCCAGGAGGAUUACACCAAAGUUCCCAAGUACUGACUAUGAAGACCAGCAAAAGUCAUGCACACCUACACACACACACACCUACACACACACACACCUACACACACCUACACACACACACAC